AUGAUUCCUCAGGCAGACUCGCGACUUACACCACGCAUCCAUCAUGCCUCAGCCAUACGCGCAGAACCCAGGCUUGCUGCCAAUCUAACGGACUUCGUCAAUGAAGGCUAUCGAUACAUGACGCCGGAAAACAGAGGGCGGUGGGAACCAGAUCUGAGUGAUCGGCUGGCCUCCGCCGAAUCGAUCCACGAAGCCUUGGGCGACGAUGGCCUCUUCGCUGUCGCCUACGAUCCGGACAUGCGAAUACCUAUAGCAUGUGCUGCGACAAAGAGAUGGAAUACCGACCUUGAGGGCUAUGCUGUAGAGGGCGAGUCAGGCUGGGAGAUCAAAAUGGUCACAACACAUGUGGACUGGAUGAAGAGAGGUUUGGCAGGACAGUGUGUAGAUGCAUUGAUCGACGAGCUUGCGAGGCAGGAGAACUCGAAGCGUGGAACAGAUACUACAGGGCCGCAUGGGUCGUUGAACAUCUGGAUUCAGGCUGUCGAGUGCCUCAAUGGACCUUUCUGGUUGAAACAGGGUGGGAGGCUAGUACGGUCACACGAAAAACCCGCUGGUCACGGGGGCUCAAAGUAUGGCUAUCGCCUCCUGGUCUUACUGCGGGAGAUCAACGUUGACGAACGAUUGUCGAAACCGCGCUAG